AUGCAGACAUCCUACUGCGGCGUACCGGGCUUUUCGGUCAAGUAUCGGUCGCAUGGACUGACCCUAUCACCGCUCGCCGAAGGACCACAACCAACUCCUCCACCAAAGAACGCUCUGCGUCCGGCCGGUUUUACACGGAAGAAUAGUCGAGGGCAAGAGUACGAUGCACUGUACGAUUCUAGUGACUCCGAAUUCGAAGAUGUUCCGCUGGCUUGCUCAAGGAGUGUAAAAGCAUCUCGCCAAGGGCACCAGGCGAACGGGUCUACAAGCACAACGUCGACGGACGCCUCGGGACGCAAAGUGCGUAACUAUCCUUCUUUGGUCAUCCCGUCACCAUCAAUGUGGCCGACUAUCGAAAAGCUCCGCUCCGCCACCUCACCAAACUCGAAGUCUCGAAUCGUCCCACCCAGUCCCAGUCAUAUUCUGUCUCCGACCGCCCGAGCCUUGAACAUGAUCGCUGCAAAGAACGCCCUUGUACCCAAUGGUUCCGCUGCUCCAUCGUUAGACGGAUCGCUCACAUCAGAAGAACUUUCGGGUAUCAGCUGUCCAUCCACUCCGGAUGUCGGGAACGAUGCCAAACCCGACGAUGCCGAAUGGGCAGGGACCGUGCAACUCGGGCCGGAAGCAAUGGAGACGCUUCAAAGGUUCCGACUCGGCAGUUUCAACGAGCACAGUGAGGACGACGAAGACCAAGUGAUCGAGAUUCGUGGAGAGAUGCGAGAGUCUCAUUUGGAAAAUGGCGGCAUGGCGACUUCGAUCAACCUCAUCGUGACUCCUGUGGAUAGCGAACCCGAAGAUUUUUUCCCCACCUUGAGCAACCCCGGCUCCGACCUCGAUCCGCUUUCCGCUCUCAGUGUGCCGUCUCCUGGAGGCUUCUUUGGCUCGCUGAACGGGAACGCUCGAAAUACAUGGGGUCAGGGUGCAGGCGACGCAGUGCCGAACACCAGCACCGCCAUCUCCUUCUACGGGGUGCCGUGGAAGAAGUCUCGAGAAAACUCGCCGGAGCGGACAGUGGAGCGAGUGAUUGAGGUUGAUAUCGAUGGGUCGAGCGAUAACGACACAACCGGUCCACCAACUGCGAGAAGACUUCCAGGGACAGACGGCAUGACCUUGGGUGGUGAAGCCGAAACAGGAAACCAACUCCGUCUCAUCACUGAUUUCUCUGGCGAAUUCGAAUACAAUCCAGCCUAUGCCGCCGAACAGCACAAGGAGAACAGCAGUCACAUUGACCGAACCAAUCUGUGGUUGUACAGCCAAGAGCACUAUUUGGCCGGCUUGCGCGGAGACAUACCCACGAUGACCAACGGUGAUGACUCGCCAAUCGUCGGGCACCUGGCGACGGGCACCGAUGAGCCUCGAAAAAGCAGUCUCGGCAAUGCUUCCACAACGCUGAGCCCGAGUAAAUCGGUUCGCUUUGCGGAUGAUCCCGAAAUCACGGCUGGCAUCGACGGAUCUCCUCGGUCCUCAAGAACUACCAAAUCCGGUCCGCGACCAUUGUCACCCAAGUCACCGCCAGCAGCAGCGUUUUCUCAUCGAAAGGCUCGCAACGAAGCUUUGAGACUUGGCCGUACCUGUCUGCCACAGAAGCAUCGCGACAUAGUAGCCGGUGUAUUCAGCCUCGAAGAACGCGAACACAUUGACCCCAAACGACCGAUCAGUGCCUGGCAUGGCGCUAACUCCGAUGCGCAAGCCAGGAAAGCCGUCGCUAAGGAGCUCAAGGAGCGCCACGCUCUCGAUCAAAUCAAGCCGAUCAGCUGGAACCUCGAGGCCACUAAAAUGCUGAACGGUGGAAGCUUGCUUACCAGCCCGGCUGCACGCGAGUUUACCUCCUUGAACAAGCAUGCGAGGAAAGUGCUCGACCUCGGCGGAAAGGCUACGGCGGACUGGGCUUGGCAAGUUGCCAUCGAGUAUCCUCGCGUUGGCGUGUGGACUGCAUGUGUCAACGAGUCUCCGUUGAAUAAGAAGAACGACGCGUCAUUGCUGAAGGGCCCACCCAACCAUCAUGAGAUCAAAAUCCCCAAUCUCUGGACUCUGCCAUUCCCCGACAACUCUUUCGACGUGGUCUCGGCUCGGUCGCUGUACUCGAUCCUCAAGACGACAAUUCCUCCCCAAGGAUCGAAACUGCAGGAUUCAUCCUCGACCACGGCACCUAACGAUUCCUCCACGACUAUGACCGCCAAUGGCCAGGGCAUGAAGCGUACACCCGGUACGCCUCCCGCGAGGCCAUUGGAUGAGUAUGAUCGCGCAUUGCUCGAAGUGCACCGCGUCUUGAAGCCCGGCGGGUAUGUCGAGUUCGCACUCCUGGAUGCCGACAUCAUCGGCGGUGGCCCCAUCACCCAGAAACUCAGCGUCGAAUUCGCUUUUAACCUUCGCACGCGUGGAUACGAUCCCGCGGCCACGCAAGGCUUCCUCUCCCGCGUCCGCCGGUCCGGCUUCAAAAGGCUGCGACGCGCCUGGAUCAUCCUGCCCAUGAGCGGCGUCGGCGCACCGGAAAGGGAAGCGCGGUCUUGGGAUCGAGACCGAGGCGCGGAGCACGGCCGAGAAGCUACGCCAGAUGGAGCGCGAGAAAGAAAGAGAGCAUGUGACAUCGGCACCACGGUCGACGCAUCGUACAUCACUGGCCUGGUGGGUGCGUGGGCAUGGGAGCAGUGGAUGUUGAAGCUACAUACGGAAAUGGGCCGCGAGGGGGAGCAGUUGCUUGAGGGGGUCGCGGCAGCGUUGGAGGAGGGGGCGAGGAUGGGUGGCUCGUGGAGGUAUCUGAGCGGGUGGGCGAGGAAGGAUUUGUGA